AUGGCGACUAACAUUCCCUCUAUUGCCGUGGUGGCUUCAUCGCGCGCCGUCAUCUCCGGUCGUUUGACCUCUGCGACUAUCGUCAUCUCUCAAACGACGGGCAAGAUUACCGCCGUCUUCGAUUCCGUGAUUCCUGCAUCGGAAUUCCCCGAAGGCACUCCUUACACCGACUACUCGCCUUAUGUGCUGUUGCCCGGACUGGUCGAUGCUCAUGUUCACCUGAACGAGCCUGGCCGUACUGAAUGGGAGGGUUUCUACACCGGUACUCAGGCUGCGGCCUUCGGUGGUGUGACUACUGUUAUUGACAUGCCUUUGAAUGCUAUCCCUCCUACUACUACCGUGGCGGGCUUGAAGGAGAAGCUUAAGGCUGCCCAGGGUAAGUGCUGGGUUGAUGUCGGUUUCUAUGGUGGUAUUAUUCCCGGAAAUGCUGGUGAACUCCAGGGUCUCGUGAACGAGGGUGUCCGUGGUUUCAAGGGUUUCCUGAUCGACAGUGGUGUGGACGAGUUCCCUGCUGUGACCCAAGAAGAUAUCAAGAAAGCAAUGAUUGAGCUGGCAGAUGCACCCACAACGCUCAUGUUCCACGCUGAGAUGGUCCCACCCAUCACCAAGUCCGUCGGUGAUGAGGUCCAAUCUUCCGAUCCUCCAGCUGCCCCAGCUGGCCCCCUGGAGGCUUACUCAACUUUCUUGGCCUCCCGUCCUUCCGAGUUUGAGACUUGCGCCGUUGAGAGUAUUCUGUCUUUGGCCCACCUUGCCCCUAAUCUUCAAUUGCACAUUGUUCACCUUUCUGCCAUGGAAGCGAUUCCCAUUCUGCGGGAAGCUCGUGCUCGUGGUGUGAAGAUCACCGCUGAGACCUGCUUUCACUACCUCUCACUGGCCGCCGAGGAGGUGCGUGACGGUGACACUCGCCACAAAUGCUGCCCCCCUAUCCGCUCCCAACUGAACCAGGAUGGUCUUUGGGACGAGCUUGAGAAGCAUGCCGGUGACGGUGUCAUCAAGACUGUCGUGUCAGACCACUCUCCCUGCACUCCUGAUCUGAAGCAGCUUCCCUCCCACGUCCCCGGCGCCAUCGAGGGCAAGGAAGAGAAGGGCGACUUCUUCUCCGCAUGGGGUGGUAUCUCCUCCGUUGGUCUGGGUCUGCCCAUUCUCUGGACAGAGCUUAGUCGCCGCAAGGGUCUGACUCCCUCUCCUGAUGACGUGAACACCAGAAACGCAUUGCAAGACGUCGUUCGCCUUUGCUGCGCCAACACCGCCGCUCAAGUCGGUCUGGAGACUCGCAAGGGUGACCUGCGUCCUGGCUUUGACGCUGACAUCUGUGUCUUCGAUGACUCUGCUGAGUGGACAGUCGAGCCUAGCACAAUGCUCUUCCGUAACAAGUGCUCUCCCUACCAGGGCCGCACUUUGCGCGGUAUGGUCCGCGAGACCUGGCUCCGUGGCGAGCGUAUCUUCAGCCGUGAGGAUAACUUCGGCUCGAAGCUCCCCUCUGGAAAGCUGCUUCUUGAGAAGCGGGUUUGA